AUGUCGGUGACUGUUCCCCAUUUUCUUCCUCCUAUUCUUCUUCUGCUCCACUUAUCAUGCUGCCUCCAGGUCAGUGCAGCAUCUUCUUCCCCAACCUCUGAAACCCUCAACAUCCACCGGCCGAAAUCCUUCAACCCAAAGCUCUCACCCUCACCACUCUCCGCCUCCAACAGGUUCGAGGGUUCCUCUAACCUCGUCAACGUCAAAUACCACAUGGGUCCAGUUCUUUCCUCCCCAAUCAACAUCUACCUCAUCUGGUACGGCCUUUGGACACCUACCCAGAAACUCCUCAUCAAUGAUUUCCUCCUCUCCAUCUCCGCCGGUCAUCGUGCCGCUCCCUCUCCCUCGGUCUCCGAUUGGUGGAGCACCGUUACCCUCUACACCGACCAGACCGGCGCCAACAUCUCUCGUUCCAUCGUCGUCGCACGCGAGUACAACGACAACCGCUACUCCCAGGGGAAACAACUCACCCGCCUCUCUAUCCAACAAGUCAUCGGCAAUGCGGUUAAAUUCGCACCCUUCACUGUCGAUCACAAGAGCGGCAUGUAUUUAGUCUUGACCUCCGACGACGUAACCGUUCAGGACUUUUGUCGAGCAGUUUGUGGGUUCCAUUAUUUCACCUUCCCUUCCAUUGUAGGUCACACACUGCCGUACGCGUGGAUUGGAAACUCGGCAAAGCAGUGUCCUGAGCAGUGCGCAUACCCGUUCAAGGUGCCUGAGUACAUGGCCGGUGGUGGACCAGGGGUGGUGUUGCCACCUAACGGGGAUAUUGGAUUAGAUGGGAUGGUCAGUAUUAUAGGGCAUGAAUUGGCGGAGCUAUCUUCCAAUCCACUGAUCAAUGCUUGGUAUGCAGGGGAAGACCCAAUUGCGCCCACAGAGAUCGGUGAUUUGUGUCAGGGGCUGUACGGGACUGGUGGAGGAGGUGGGUAUAUGGGGCAAGUCAUGAAGGACAGAAAAGGAAGGACAUAUAACCUCAAUGGGAGGAAUGGGAGAAAGUUUCUGCUGCAGUGGAUAUGGAGUCCAGUUUUGCAAGCGUGUACUGGGCCUAAUGCUUUGCACUGAAAGUUAAAAACGGGUUGAAGCACACAGUUGCAGACAGAGUUGAUCCCCAUUCUCUUUCUCUCUCUAUCUCUCUCCUC